CUCCCAGUUUCUUGUUUAUAAUAAUGUAUAGUUCAUCCUCAUCUCCAACUCCUCAAUCCCUAAAACAUCUACUUCCAGAGCUUCUCUGGUUGCAGCAUUUUCUCUAAUUAAAUUUGAGAUUAAUUAUUUUGGAGCAGCUCCCUCUUCAAUCUCCUUUCUGGAUCUGUGGAAUUCCUAUGGCGGAGGCUGUGAUAAGCUCAUUAGUCCUAAAGAUAGGUGCUGCUUUAGCUAGUGAAACAACAAAAUCAGCAGCAUCACUAUUACUAACAGGGAUGUUAGUAAUGAAAGAACUCAUGAAGGAUAUAAGUGACAUUAAGGAUGAGCUUGAGAUCAUGCAAGCCUUCCUACGGAUCGCAGAAAGACCAAAAGAGAAGGAUGAGACCACAAAAAUCUUUAUAAAACAAACAAGAGGCUUGGCUUUCGACAUUGAGGAUAUUAUAGAUGAGUUCACGUAUAAGCUGAGCGAGGAGCAAGGAGGGGUUCUACCCACAGCAAUCAAGAGGUACAAAAAUAUAAAAUCCUGGCAUCACCUUAGCAAGAAACUUAAAGAUAUCAAAAUUGACCUCCAAAAGAUAAUGGAGAGAAGGACACGAUAUGAUGCAAGAGGAAUGGAAAGUGAAGCAAAACCUCGAAUAGCUGUUGGCGGUAGCAAGAGCCGUGCAGAAUCAGCGCAUUUUGUCAAGGAGGAUGAUAUCGUCGGUAUUGACAAGUACAGGGACUUGUUGCUUGGAUGGUUGAAAGAUGAGGAUGAGCAGCAACGACAGCCAAUGAUAAUCUCAGUGUUGGGGAUGGGUGGUCUAGGGAAGACCACUCUCGUGACUCAUGUGUACAAAAUCAUCAAAGCUACCUUUGAUGCUUGUGCUUGGAUUACUGUAUCUCAGAGUUACGAGACUCAUGAUUUGCUUAGACAAAUCUUAAAAGAGUUUUUUAGGGAAGAUCGUGAGAAAAGAGAGGCACCUAACAACAUUGAUACCAUGGAUUAUAGAAGCUUGGUUGAGACUAUCCGCACUUACUUGCAGGAUAAAAAGUAUAUACUCAUUUUGGAUGAUGUUUGGAGUACUGAUGUAAUGGACAAUAUAAAAGAUGCACUUCUAAAUAGUAAUAGCAAGAGUAGAAUAGUUCUCACAACAAGGAUUCGCGAUGUAGCUCUAUUAGCAAACGAGAACCAUAUGUUUGAGCCAAAGCCACUGGAGGCAGAUCAUUCGUGGGAUCUGUUUUGCAAAAACGCAUUUUGGAAAAGUGCAAACAAGAUUUGCCCGCCACCUUUAGAACAAUGUGCUAAAAAAAUUGUCGAGAAGUGCGGUGGCUUGCCCCUUGCUAUCGUAUCUAUAGGCCGUCUCUUAUCAUUUAGAGAACAAACCGGUACUGAAUGGGAUAAGGUUUACAAAGAUCUUGAGUGGUAUCUAACCAACAACGCAUCGAAGCUCUAUGAAAAAGUACAUGACAUUUUGAAACUUAGUUUGGACGAUAUUCCCCAUUAUCCUUCCGAAAUUGGCUUCCUUAUAUUUGUUCUAUAG